GUCAGUGGGCCCGCAGGCUCCACGCCGGUGCUGAGACAGGAUGAAGAGGUUCAGGCGACACGGCCAGGAGUCCCAGAGGGAUCGAGUCAAACAGGAGCUUUUCCAGUUCAACAAGCAACUGGAGAGUGUGUGGUGGACAGAGGACGGAGGCUACAUUCUCAGUUCACACAGUGAUGGAAGUUACUGUCGAUGGAUGGUGGGUGGAGAGGAUGUGAAUGAGGAGGAGGAGAAAUCAGACAUUCCUUACGGUCAUUUUCCCUGCAAGGCAAUUUCAAAAAUAGUGCAGCUACCUACAGAAGAGGGGCCUCCGUUCCUGCUGUUCAGUGGCGGUAUGCCCAGGGCCAGCUACGGGGACAGACACUGUAUCACAGUGAUCCACAGUAAAACGCACGUGGCUCUGGACUUCACCUCCAGGAUCAUCGACUUCUUCGCCAUCAGAGACGGACCGCAGUACACAGGAGAUCCCAGUGCACUGGUGGUCCUGGUAGAGGAGGAGCUGGUAGUGAUUGACCUGCAAACGGAGGGCUGGCCUGUCAUUCAGACACCGUACCUGGUCCCCCUCCACAGCUCAGCCAUCACCUGCUCCCACCACGUCUCCGCUAUCCCCCUCAAACUGUGGGAGAGGGUCAUCGCUGCUGGAGACCUGCAGAAGACACACUACUCCAAAAAGCCGUGGCCAAUAACAGGAGGCCAGAACAUGGCCCCAGAUCCUCCACAGAGAGACCUGCUGCUCACAGGGCACGAGGAUGGGACGGUGCGUUUCUGGGAUGCAUCAGGAGUCUGUCUGUAUCCCAUGUAUAAGUUGGGCACAGCUGGAGUGUUCCACACAGACGCUGACCCCAAUGAUAACAUGAACCAAGGCACUGAAGGAGAGUGGCCGCCAUUCAGAAAGGUUGGCUGUUUUGACCCCUACAGUGAUGACCCGAGGCUCGGCAUUCAGAAGAUCCACCUCUGUAAAUACAGUGGCUAUCUGACUGUGGCCGGCACUGCUGGACAGAUCCUGGUGCUAGAACUGAACGAUGAGGCAGCGGAGCAGACGGUGGAAGCUAAAGUCGUGGAUCUGCUGCAGGGCCAAGAGGGUUUCCGCUGGAAGGGCCACACUCGGCUGGAUGUUCGAGAGGAGCCGGUGCUGUUUCCUCCAGGCUUCCAGCCCUUUUCUCUGGUCCAGUGCCAGCCUCCUGCCGUGGUCACCGCCCUCACCCUGCACUCGGAGUGGAAGCUAGUAGCUUUUGGCACCAGCCACGGCUUUGGCCUCUACGAUUACCAACAGAAGAACACCGUCCUCAUCAAGUGCACCCUAAACCCCAGUGACCAGCUUGCCAUGGAGGGUCCUCUGUCCAGGGUGAAGAGCAUAAAGAAAUCCCUCCGACAAUCCUUCAGGAGAAUCAGACGCAGCAGAGUCUCGCUAAGGAAACAUCACGUCAAUAACGCUGCCAAGCUCCAGGAGGCGAACGCUCGUCUGGAGGCCGAACUGGCCGAGAUGGAGCUGGCUCCGGUCCAGAGGAAGAUUGAGGCUCGCUCCUCAGACGACUCUUUCACCGGUCUUGUACGGACACUGUACUUCGCCGACAGCUUCCUCUCAGACAGUUCACACAACACACCCUCCCUAUGGGCAGGGACCAACGGCGGCUGCGUGUUUGCAUACAUGCUCCGCCUUCCUCCCGUAGAGCACAGAGCAGACGAACCAAUCACUGCACAGCCGGCUAAGGAGAUCCAGCUGAUGCACCGAGCUCCCGUCGUCGGUAUAGUGGUGCUGGACGGUCACGGGGCUCCUCUCCCCGAGCCCUUGGAGGUGGCCCACGACCUGGCUCGCUCACCUGACAUGCAGGGCUCACAUCACCUCCUGGUCAUAUCAGAGGAACAGUUUAAGGUUUUCACGCUGCCGAAAGUGAGCGCCAAGAUGAAGUUGAAGCUGACGGCCACGGACGGCUCCAGAGUACGGAGAGUCGGCGUGGCCUGGUUCGGCAGCAGCCGGUCGGAGGACUACGGUGAGAGCGGCCUGGUGGUUCUGACCAAUCAGGGUGACCUCCACGUGGUGUCGCUGCCAACAGUCAAGAUGCAGGUUCAGUACCCCUGCAUCCGCCGAGAGGACGUCAGCGGCAUCGCUUCCUGCGUCUUCACCAAGCACGGCCAGGGCUUCUACCUGAUCUCUCCAUCCGAGUUUGAACGCUUCUCUCUGUCCACCUGCCAUGUGGUGGAGCCUCGCUGUCUGGUCGAGGUUCCCCUCCAUUCAGGCUCGUCCAACCAACACAGGCCAAAGCACGACAGAACGUCCUCCACUCAUAGAAACGCCCGACAAGACAGUGAGGAUGCAGAAAGUGCAGCUAGACGUGUUAUGGAGCAUGCUUUGCUGAAUGACGAGAAAGUUCUUCAGGAGAUCCAGAAGUCACUAGAAGGAGACCAGACGUCAUUCCUGGAGAAUAAUGUGAAGAGUGCUGUAGCUUGAAAGGUAUCUCUGGACAGUUGAGAGUGAACUGACACAACGAUGUGUAUGAAGCGUACUGCAGUCCCGUAGCAGCACUCGCCUCCUGCUCGGCUGACAACAACCACUACUGACCCCUGACCCCUCGCCUCAGUGACUGACCUCCCCACUCUCAGUUCACAACGGCCCCCUUAUAGAGAGACACUAAAGGGCUCUUGGCAGUAGUGCUUCUGAGCACCACCAGGCUGUUUGAAGGCUCACUAAACGGUGCAGACAGAGGGUGAAGGAAGACACACCACCUGUGCCUAAAGACCACAUGCUGUACACAGAUCAUCAGGGCAUGGUCACAACCAUUUAACCCAAAGCUACAUGAAGCACAUUCCUGACAUGUGACCAAUGCCAUAAUUCAUUACACCAAGAUCAACGCCAGCAUCUCAAAAUCUGCCAUAGAUACCACUUGUUGAGGCUGUUUAACUUCAACCACGCCCACUUCAUUCUGGAAGCCUUUAUCACCACCAGCCUUUUCACAUGGAUUCUGCCAGUGGAAACGGUUCGUCCAAUCAACACUCUGCUGUGCAAUCUCACCGGCCUUCAUCUCCCUGCAUGGGACACACAGCUGGAAGGAUUUGGGGGGUGAUUUGAAUAAUGUUGAUGAAAAUAUUUUGUAGCCUAAAUUUUAUGUCAUUUGUGCCAGAUUUUUAAAAAAAAAAUUUAAUUUUAUUUAAAGAAACCUCAGACUUUACUGCGGAAGCCCAUUUCUGCAAAGAUUAAAAACAAAUAGAUAAAAAGUUAGGAAUGAUAAAAAGAAUUAAAAAACUUCAUGGUAAGACAAAAUUAUGUGAUACUAAAUCAAAACUAGAUUAUAAUAUAUGAUAAGAUAAAAUUGAGAUUUUGGUGGUUUUUGUUUUGUUUCUUUGACCCAACUCAAAAUUAUGAGAUAGUAUUAAAUAACUACAUUUGGACUUUCUCAUAAUUUUGACUUUUACUAGUUUCAUUUUUAAUUUUAUUUUUAAAAUAAGUCUUUUUUGUUUUUGUUUUUUUUGUUUUACAAAUUUCAAAUCAGAAUUUUUUGUGAAUCACAUAAUUUUGACUUUUGAUCUCGAAAAGUUAAAUUUUUUUAUCUUACUUGCGAAGUCAAAACUGACUAAGCAUGAAUAUUUUUAUUUUUGUCAUUCCUUAAAGUUUUUGUUUUUUCAUUUUUUGCGUAAAUGAGCUUCCAUACUAUUCAUACUAUCAAGGGAAAAUAUUGUCAGUGAUGCUCUAGAAGAGAGAAAAAAAAGUUGUUUUAUGUAUGUUAAACCACACUGACUUUUUUUUUUAAUGUUUCAGUCCACAUUUACUAAAUUAGUAAUAGCAUUACAAUCUGUAUACUGCUAACACCCUGUGCCCUGUCCCUCCCGUCCACUCUGUAACUUUGUAAACGGCCAUAGGUACUUCUCCACUACUGCGGAGCUCGCGAUGCUGUACUUUUUUGGGGGGAACAGCUUUCUAUGGGGUCUGGUUUUUAAUUAUUUUUAUGUAAACCAUUUUUUAUGCCAGCGAUGAAUAAUGUAAUUUAGGAAUGUAAUUGUAAGCUAUUGUAGUGAAAUGUUUUUAAUAUAUACAGUAUGUAUGUGACUCAGUCUGUACCUGUGGGCCUGUUGUAACGGGGUUGGCUGCUAUUUAGAUCGUACAAGGAAAUAUUUUGGUACUGUGUCUCAGAAUGCUGGGUAUUUUAGUGUCAGCCUAGAAUAUAUUUUUGUAGUGAACUGAUUAAGAACCCUAAUUUUUUUUUUUUUGAUUUGUAACUUCACACUACAAUUGUGUAAUUAUUAUUACAUGUUUUUUCCCAAGAAUGAAUGUGUCUGUAUUUAUUUUCUCAGACGCCUAACAUUUUCCACAGCAUUCCACGUCAUACUGCAAAGAAAUCCUGCACAGUGAAUGAAUGUUGUUUCAGAGUCUCUGUAUGCUCCACUGAAACUUAAAAAAAGCCAUAACAUUUAGAUUCCCAACCCGUCAUUUUGGCCUGUCUGAUUAUAUUCCAAAACUCGGUGCUCUUUUUCAAUUUCUGGUUUCUUUGAAAAGCCCAGCUAUAAUCUUGGUCUUUGUGAGCCGCAGAGGCUGGGCCAUCUCUGGUGAAGUGGAUAAAAGAGGGAUCAGUUGUCAUACAUGCACAGCCAAGAGUUUUGAUCAUCCAUUAUAGAAUGAGGCGCUUUGUCUGCUAAUUGCCUCGAGCCACGGUGGCUUCGCUGCAACCUGAGCUCUCGAAGGACCUGGCUGAGGCCAGACCAGCUAACAACAGCAGCUCUGUUAGAGGAUGACCCUGCAAGACGAGUCCUUGUCAUGUGCAACCUGAAGACGUUAAAUGAGCGAGAAAAUGGUGCCUUUUUGUAUUAAGCUUAACCUGUUGUUAUGGAGUUGCCUUCCCCCAUUACAUAUUCAGGUCAUAGCUCAGAGAACAUUGCUUCAUAUACACUAAUUCAGAAAUCACCAACUCCCUCUUUAUCCGAUCCCUGACUGUAAGACAAGAAUAGACAAGAAAUAUUCUAUUCCUAUUGCCAACCCAUGAACUUUUUUCUUUUUUUCUUUUACUUUAUCUGACAAGAUCUAAUGUGUACUCACUUUUAUUGUUUAAGCCCUGUUCAUUUACAUUUAUGUAAAUAAUAUAGUUUUGGAUAACUGUACUUUGCUGACCAGGGUCAAGGGAUGGUAAAAUCUGUUAUUUUGCAUUUGCUUUCAAUCAACAACUAUUUUAAAAACACAAGAAAAUUCAAUUAC